AUGGUUGUUUUGCGGCGCGCCGAUUCGGCUGCCGCGUUUAGUUUUCUGUUCGAUCUCUCCAAACGGCGUCGCGUGGUUUUCGUUUCUGUGGCUGCCCAUGCUAUUGGGUUGGUUUUGAUGCCGCCUGAACCAUUGCCUUGGGAUCGAAAGGACUUCUUCAAGGAGAGGAAGCACGAGAGGUCCGAGUCACUUGGGUCCGUCGCCAGAUGGAGGGACUCCUCGCACCACCGCGACUUCAAUCGCUGGGGAUCCGCCGAGUUUCGCAGACCGCCAGGUCAUGGUAAGCAGGGCGGUUGGCACCUGUUUUCCGAGGAAUCAGGUCAUGGGUAUGCGAUUUCACGGUCAAACAGCGACAAGAUUCUGGAGGAAGAUAGUCGGCCCUCGAUUUCACGAGGUGAUGGGAAAUAUGGCAGGAGCAGUAGGGAAAAUAGAGGACCCUUUGGUCAGAGAGAUUGGAGAGGGCAUUCGUGGGAACCCUCCAAUGGUACUAUAAAUUUGCCCAGAAGGCCGCAGGAUGUGAACAAUGACCAGAGGUCUGUGGACGAUACCCUAGCAUACUCUUCUCAUCCACAUUCCGAUUUCGGGAACGCUUGGGAUCAGCACCACCUGAAAGACCAGCAUGAGAAGAUUGGUAGUGUCAAUGGGUUGGGAGCUGGCCCCAGAAGUGAUAGAGAGAACUCUCUGGGUGAGUGGAAGCCACUUAAAUGGACCCGUUCUGGAAGCUUGUCUUCUCGGGGUUCAGGUUUUAGCCACUCAAGUAGCUCAAGGAGCAUGGGAGGAGCAGAUUCUCAUGAAGCGAAGGCUGAGUUACGACCCAAAAGUGCGGCUGCUAAUGAGUCGCAUUCAGGGGAAGCUGCUGCUUGUGCGACAUCUUCCGUGCCAUCCGAAGAUACGAGUUCUCGAAAAAAGCCAAGGUUGAAUUGGGGCGAAGGACUUGCUAAGUAUGAGAAGAAAAAAGUCGAGGUGCCUGAUGCAACUGCAAACAAAGAUGUCACAGAACCUUGUAAUUUUCUCAGUACCAGCUUAGUUGAAAAAAGUCCCAAAGUAACUGGAUUUUCCGAAUGUGCAUCUCCUGCAACUCCAUCUUCUGUUGCCUGCAGUUCCUCUCCUGGUAUGGAUGAUAAAUUAUUUGGGAAGACUGCAAAUGUAGACAAUGAUGUUAGUAAUUUGACUUGUUCACCUGCUCCCGCAUCUGAAAAUAAUCUGCAGAGGUUUUCAUUUAACUUAGAGAAAUUUGAUAUUGGCUCCUUGAGUACUUUGGGUUCUUCAAUUAUUGAGUUGGUACAAUCUGAUGAUCCAACUUCUGUAGAUUCUGGUCCAAUGAGGUCCAAUGCAAUUAAUAAGUUACUGAUAUGGAAAGCUGACAUUUCAAAGGUGUUGGAGAUGACUGAAUCUGAGAUAGAUUUACUUGAAAAUGAACUGAAGUCGCUAAAAUCUGAAUCUGGGGAAAGAUGUCAAUGUCCGGUAGCCCUGGGCCCCCAGAUGGUUAGUGGUGAUGAAAAAUCCUGUGAAGAUCAAGUUGGAGUCUCUGAUCUGGUCACUCGGCCGAUACCAUUGAAAAUUGUUGAUGAUCCAACGGAGAAGGUGCCACAUUCAGCUAAUUUACAUUGUCUUAAUGAAAAUGUUAGGGAAGAGGAUAUUGAUAGUCCUGGAACAGCUACUUCUAAAUUUGUUGAGCCUCCGCCUUUAACUAAAGCAGUUUCUUGUGAUACCAGAGAAUAUGUUAACUUCUCCAGCGACAUGGAUUCAGUUCCUUCUGCAGCUGUGCAAUGUCUAAUUCCCUGUACUGCUAGGAAAGAUGUUAGUGUAACUUGUGUUGACAGCAAGACUUCUCUGGAGGUAAAGGAUAGCAUGGAUAUUUUAUGUGAUACUAUUAUUUCUUCCAAUAAAGAAUCUGCCAACAGAGCUAGUGAGGUAUUUGAUAAUUUAUUGCCCAAAGACUGUUGCAAGAUUAGGGAGAUGGGAACUAGCAGUGACACAUGCAAUAAUAUUAGGGAAAAAUUUGCUCAGAAAAAGCGAUUCUCAAUGUUUAAGGAGAGAGUUAUUGCACUUAAGUUCAGAGCCCUGCAUCACUUGUGGAAAGAAGAUAUGCGCUUACUUUCUAUCAGGAAAUGUCGACCAAAAUCUCACAAAAAAAAUGAACUAAGUGUGCGAACUACAUGUAAUGGUAACCAGAAGAAUCGAUCAUCCAUUCGAUCACGUUUUCCCUUUCCUGCAGGAAAUCAUCUUAGCUUGGUUCCAACAUCAGAGAUGAUUAAUUUUACUGGCAAACUGCUUUCAGAAUCGCAAGUUAAAGUGCAGAGAAACACACUGAAGAUGCCGGCAUUAAUUUUGGAUGAAAAAGACAGGAUGACUUCGAAGUUUGUAUCUAGUAAUGGGCUGGUUGAAGAUCCUUUGGCUAUUGAGAAAGAAAGGGCUAUGAUUAAUCCCUGGACACCACAAGAGAGAGAAGUUUUCUUGGAGAAAUAUGCUGCCUUUGGAAAAGAUUUUAGGAAAAUUGCCUCUUUUCUUGAUCACAAGACAACUGCUGACUGUGUUGAAUUCUACUACAAAAAUCAUAAAUCUGAUAUCUUUGAGAAACUUAAGAAGCAAGGUGUUGGUAAGCUGGGGAAGUCAUUUUCAGCUAAAACUGAUUUGGUGGCAUCAGGUAAAAAAUGGAACCGUGAAUUGAAUUUUGCUUCCCUUGAAAUUUUGAGUGCAGCUUCGUUGAUGGCAGAUGGCAUUGCAGGUAAUAAAAAAAUUCGGGCAGGAAGCUCUCUUUUGGGUGGGUAUGGUAAAGUAAAGACAUCAAGGGGUGAAGAUUUCAUGGAGAAAUCAAGUAGCUUUGACAUUCUUGGGGAUGAAAGAGAGACUGCUGCUGCGGCUGAUGUAUUGGCAGGUAUAUGUGGUUCCCUUUCAUCUGAGGCCAUUAGUUCCUGCAUAACAAGUUCUGUUGAUCCAGUAGAAGGUAGCCGGGAUAGAAAGUUCAUGAAAGUGAACCCUCUAUGCAAACCACCCACGACACCUGAUGUUACUCAGGAUGUUGAUGAUGAGACUUGUUCAGAUGAGAGCUGUGGUGAAAUGGAUCCAACAGAUUGGACUGAUGAUGAGAAGGCUUCUUUUCUUCAGGCUGUAUCAUCUUUUGGAAAAGAUUUUGUCAAGAUAGCCCGGUGUGUUGGGACAAGGUCCCAAGAACAAUGCAAAGUUUUCUUCAGCAAAGGCCGGAAAUGCCUUGGAUUGGAUCUCAUGCGCCCUAUACCUGAACAUGUUGGAUCCCCAGUGAAUGAUGAUGCAAAUGGGGGUGAGACUGACACUGAUGAUGCAUGUGUUGUUGAGACAGGCUCAGUGGUUGGAACUGAAAAGUCUGGGACUAAAACAGAUGAGGACCUGCCUUUGUAUGGAACAAACACAUACAAUGAUGAGUCCAAUCCUGUGCAAGCCAGGAACUUAUCAGUAGAAUUAAAUGAAUCAAAGGGGACUAAUGGGACAGAAGUAGAUAUUGAAGAUGCAAAUGGGGUUUCUGAUACUUGCGCUAUUGAUAUUGAUUCUAAACAGGGUUGUGAUGGUAGUGAAUUUGUCUUGUGUGGUUUUGACAAAAUUGGUUCUGUCAGUGGAGAAGCAGCUAUAAUUAUGCCGGAUAGCACAGAGAUUGGAAAUGAUCAAGCUAAAAAAUUGGGAGGUGCAGCCGCAGAAUUGACAUCUGCUCCAAAUACAAGUGAACCAUGCGAGAGUAAUUCUUUUGUUGAGGUUUCUUCUGUCAGACUUGGAAAUGAAUUGGAGAGGCCUAGAGUGUCUUCACCCCGAAGUAUUGAUGAUAGGGACCAUAAACAUGAAGAUGAUUCAGGUGUCAUAGUUGAUUUGAAAAGCUCUGUGCACGAUUUAAGCACUAUGGUAAAUGCUUCUCUCUCAUCUUUCAGCAAUUCUUGUUCAGGAUUGAGCUUUAGUACUGAAAAUAAGCACGUGCCCCUUGGAAAGCCCCAUGUCUCCUCAUUGUCUAUGGAUGAUCAUCAUGCAACUUCAAAUUCAUUGUUGCAAAAUACUGUUGCUGCUGAAGCUGAUAUUCAGUGUGAGAAAACAGCUAGCCAAGAUCGACUGUCUUCUACAUGUGAUAUUCAGGUUAGCAACGAUGACCAUCAGCCCCCUAUUGCUGGGAAUUCAUUAGACCAUGUUGAUGCCGGAAGCAUUCUCCAGGGCUAUCCCUUGCAAGUUCCCAUUAAGAAGGAAAUGAAUGGUGAUAUAAACUGCAGCAUUUCAGCGGCAGAAUUGCAUCUUUUGUCCCAGAAGAUUGAACAGCCUGAUGAUCAUACCAAAAGAGUGCAGUCGUCAGAGUCAGAUAAAGCAUCCAGAAAUGGUGAUGUGAAACUUUUUGGGAAGAUACUAACCAAUCCUUCAUCCGCACAGAAACCUAAUGUGGGUGCUAAAGGGAGUGAAGAAAAUGGUAGUACCCAUCAUCCUAAGUUAAGCAGCAAGCCUUCUAGUAUGAAAUUUACUGGGCAUAAUGCUGAUGGAAAUUUAAAAUUUUUGAAGUUUGACUGUAAUGAUUAUGUUGGCCUUGAAAAUGUUCCCAUGAGGAGUUAUGGUUAUUGGGAUGGGAACAGAAUACAGACUGGUCUCUCGUCAUUGCCUGAUUCUGCUAUCUUGCUAGCAAAGUACCCUGCAGCCUUCAGUAAUUAUGCCACAUCUUCUGCCAAAUUGGAGCAACCGUCAUUGCAGGCAUUUUCCAAGAAUAAUAAUGAACGGCUCCUAAAUGGUGCGUCCACUUUUACGGCUAGAGACAUGAAUGGCAGCAAUGCCGUGAUUGAUUAUCAGAUGUUUAGAAGGGAUGGUCCAAAAGUGCAGCCAUUUAUGGUAGAUGUGAAGCACUGCCAGGAUGUAUUCUCUGAAAUGCAGAGAAGAAAUGGGUUUGAAGCAAUCUCAAGUUUACAGCAGCAGGGCAGGGGAGUAAUUGGAGUGAAUGGUGUUGGAAGACCAGGGAUUCUUGUGGGAGGAUCGUGCAGUGGUGUCUCAGAUCCUGUGGCAGCAAUCAAAAUGCAUUAUUCCAAUUCUGACAAAUAUGGUGGUCAGUCUGGGAGUAUUGCAAGAGAAGAUGAAUCUUGGGGAGGGAAAGGGGACUGA